CAUUCUGACGUAACGCACAGAAGCUAACAGCUGACGCACGCUACAAGUUGAUCACAAAACUGACAACUCACCUUGCCAGGCUAGUUUUAAAGAUAACCCCUCAAGGUGCUCGACGAGAUGCCGAAGUAUUGUUCUGCACCGAACUGCAAGAAUGACUCUGGAAACAACAAUUCUGAUAGGAAAAGCUUCUACAAGUUUCCGCUGCAGGACCCAGCCCGCUUAGAGCAGUGGUUGAAAAACAUGGGUCGUGAGGACUGGACCCCUUCCAGACACCAGUACAUCUGUCAUGAACAUUUUGCAUCCUCCAGCUUCAAGCUGCGCUGGGGGAUCCGUUACCUGGAGAACAACGCUGUGCCCACUGUCUUCCAGCUCACAGAGGUGCAGUGCAUUUGGAAAAAACGUAAAGGUGAGGAACACAGUGAGAGUCGGAAAUCCAAAAGGCUGCGACACAGCAGGAAAACACGGACCACCUCUUCUGACUUUGGGAUGCCAGCUAGCGACUCCACAGACAGUGACAGUGCGAACACAGUGACACUCUAUGACACGGUUAACCCCUCAGCGACUGAGGAGGCAGAGCUGCUGGAGGAGAGGGACGUGACUGGGCACACAGUGGACCUACUGCACACAGCAGCUCUGCCUCCGUCAGCAUUAGAGGGGUGGAGCCAUGACGGUGCUGCAGGAGGCUUCCCUGUUACUGUGUUCCAAACAGUAGAGGAUCUGGGUGGGCUGGAGGGUGGAGGGGAGCAUGGUGGGCUGGAUGGAGAGGUGGUGGUGUCAGAACAGCUGGAAGAGGUGGAGGUGAGUAGGGUCACAGCAGCCAUCUUGACUGAAGGUUAUGACCUGGGAACAACGGAAGAUGUCGGCCAUUUUGUGUUGUCCCCGACAACUCUGCUCAUCGAGAACGUCUCUCCUGAGAUGGAGGAGCUGUCUGUCUCCCAGGACUACCACGGUGGCGGGGCUCAGAUCAUCGCCUACUUUGAGACGAUCCCCAACAUUCUGUCCAGCGGGGCGGCUCAGUUCAGCAUCCCCCCAGACACUGUGCUGUCCUCAGCUCUCAGCCCCACACCCAUCGUCUCCACACUGCCUAUAGUGUCCAAGCACACGCCCCCCUCUCCCGGAUCACUUAUCCUAACCCUGGAGAGACUGGAGACUGAGGAGGGGGAGACGGAGGAGGAGGAGGAGGACCGUAUGGAACACCGGGGAAGCCAACUGGAGGAACACCGCUACAAUAAGAACAGCCUGAGUAAGGAGCAGCUGGAAGCCAUUGUGAUAGAGCUUCAGAAGAAGGUGAAGGUAUUGCAACAGAGACACAGGAGACACCUGGAUAAACUUGUGGGUCUGGAAAACACUGUCAACCAGCUGAGACACAACAACCUGCUGAAUGAAGAGAGGCUGCAUCUGCUGGAGAGGGCGUGUAUCCAGACCAGUGCUGCUGUAGCGGAGGCAGGAGAGACUGUGGCUAUCAUCUAUGAAGAGGACAACACAGCAUACCUCUAUGAAGGAUAGGGUUAAACAGCAUACCUCCAUGCCUUGUCCAAUAUAGAGACCGAGAGAGAAGGUUAUAGUCAAAAACAGAGGCAGAAGAAUGGGGUUAGGGUCCAGAACUGAACAAAAACAGAAGGAUAGGGUUAGGGUCCAGAACUGAGACAAGGUUAGGGUCUAGUGCAGUACAGAGACAGAAGGUUAGGGUCCAGAACAGACACAGAAGGAUGGGUUAGGGUCCAGUCCAGAGACUGGAUGGGGCUAGGGUCCAGAACAGAGACUGGAUGGGGCUAGGGUCCAGAACAGA